GUGGGAACUGGAUAACAAAAAUCCAUCCGUUUCUCUUCAUCGUCCAGAGAAGCAGUAGACAAAAAGCUUAGCAGCUGAUGCUCUCAAGCUCUUGAAAAAAAUGGCUUCCUCAUUCACUUCCUCACCUUUCCAAACCAGCAAUUUGUGGUCGGCUUUCUUGGGCGAGAGAAAGGGAUUCUCUGUUUUUAGUGUACCUCAUGUUGGGUUUUUGAAGAAGACGAUAGAGUGCAAGGAAUCACGAAUUGGAAAGCAGCCAAUUGAAGUGCCAUCCAAUGUGACAAUCACAUUGGAAGGUCAGGCUUUGGCAGUAAAGGGACCAUUGGGGCAGCUUUCACUAACUUACCCGCGAGAAGUGCUGGUUCAGAAGGAGGAUUCUGGGACUCUAAGGGUCAGAAAGGCAGUAGAGACUAGAAGGGCAAAUCAGAUGCACGGGCUUUUCAGGACACUUACGGACAACAUGGUGGUAGGAGUGUCAAAAGGAUUUGAGAAGAGGCUGCAACUGGUAGGUGUCGGUUAUCGAGCUACUUUAGAAGGAAAUAUCUUGGUACUAAGUCUUGGGUUCUCCCAUCCAGUUAGGAUGGAUAUUCCUGAUGGCAUACAAGUGAAGGUUGAAGAAAACACCAGAAUCGUUGUUAGCGGGUAUGACAAGAGUGCUAUCGGUCAGUUUGCUGCUUCGAUCAGGAAAUGGAGACCUCCGGAACCAUACAAAGGUAAGGGUGUGAAAUAUGCUGAUGAAAUCAUAAGAAGGAAGGAGGGAAAAGCAGGGAAGAAGAAGUAAUAGCCUUUAGAUUGUUUCAUUUGUUUUUUGUAUCUUCACAUUCGUGCUUGUCAAAUAUGUGUCAGAAUUAUCGAAGGAACUGACAUUACCGUGAGCAAUUCAUCGCUAGUUGAUGUUGUUUCA